UUGGUGGGGCUCACUGGGGGGCACUGGUUCAUACUGGGAUGUACUGGGAAGCUUACUGGAGGUUGUACUGGUUUGUAGUGGAGCUUGUACUGGUUUAUACUGGGGCACAGAUUGAUCUGUGUUGGCUUGUACUGGUUUGUACUGGCCCGUGCUGGGCCAUACUGGUUUAUACUGGUGCCUGCUGUUCCAUAGCAGUCUGUACUGGUUUGUACUGGUCCGUACUGGUUUAUACUGGUGCCUGCUGUUCCAUAGCAGUCUGUACUGGUUUGUACUGGUCCAUACUGGUUUAUACUGGUGCCUGCUGUUCCAUAGCAGUCUGUACUGGUUUGUACUGGUCCAUACUGGUUUAUACUGGUGCCUGCUGUUCCAUAGCAGUCUGUACUGGUUUGUACUGGUCCAUACUGGGGCCUGGGCUGGUUUAUACUGGGGCACAGAUUGUUUUGUGCUGGCUUGUAUUGGUUUACACUGGUCUGUACUGGUUUAUACUGGUCAGUACUGCGUCAUGGAGAUUGCUGUUGGUUUGUACUGGUUUAUACUGGGCUGUACUGGGCAGAGCUGCAGCAGCACUCUGGGCUGUCCAGUGUCUUGUACUGGUCCAUACUGGUUUAUACUGGUACCUGCUGUUCCAUAGCAGUCUGUACUGGUUUGUACUGGUACAUACUGAUUUAUACUGGUGCAGGAUAUCCUAUAGUGGUCCAUACUGGUUUAUACUGGUCCAUACUGGUUUAUACGGGUGUAGCAUGUUCUAUAGUGGUUUGUACCGGUUUAUACUGGUGUGGGACAUUCUAUACUGGUCCGUACUGGUUUAUACUGGAGCUUGCUGUUCCAUAGCGGUCCAUACUGGUUUAUACUGGUUGAUACUGGGCAGAGUGUGGGAAGUGGGGGUGGGUACUGGGCUGCGUGCUCUGGUGGUCCAGGUGUGUUUAUACUGGUCUGUACUGGUUUAUACUGGACAGAAAUUCUGAACGGGGGUACUGGGGUGGGUGCUGCCCUCUGGUGGCCUGUAUGGGUUAUACUGGGCCAUACUGGUCUGUACUGGUGCAGACUGGU